UUGGAAUGGUGGAAUGAGCGCCUGGGAUUAUUGAUUCAGUCGAGUAGGAUUAUUGUUCGCUGCCAAGGGUGCGUGUCAUUCAAUUGUCAUGCCAACAGAAUCAGAUACCUUUUCAUGGAUAUUUACUGCACUUUAUUAUUGUCAUGCUGAAUAUCUGACCACAGAGGGGCGGGACUAAAGAAGAGCCGUGCCGCUCCACGGUGCUGACGUUCUCUUCUAGGUGAAGACAUUCUACUCUGCUUACCAUUCGACUGAUGACUGGUAAUCAGUAACCGAGGAGCGGCUGAACCCGUGACCGGGUCACCGCGCGGGGCGUCAGGGUCGCGCCGGGAGAAGGCACUGGGCAUUCUGCAGGCGCUCCAGACAUCACUGCUGCUUCAGGAGCCAUGGAGGACCGCCCCGCCACCCCCCUGUCCCACUGCGAGAGGCUCAAGGCGAGGGUCCCCCCGGCGCUGAGACUGGAGAUCUCCCACCUGCUGGCCAUGACCGGCCCCCUGCUGCUGUCUCGAAUCCUGAACUUCAUGCUUCCCUUCGUGGUCACCAUGUUCUGCGGCCGUCUGGGGACCCAAGUGAUGGCGGGCUACGGGUUGGCGACCGCGGCCAUCAACUGCUCCGUGGCGGCGGCCGGCUACGGACUGGGGCAGGCGUGCGACACUCUGGUCACCCAGACGUUCGGGAGCCGGAACCUUCCGCGCGUGGGCGUGGUCCUGCAGAGAGGCAUCCUGAUCCUGCUGCUGUUCUGCCUGCCCUGCUGGGGGCUGCUCGUCAACAUGCAGCCCAUCCUGCUGGCCUUGGGUCAGGGCCCCGAGGUAGCCAGAAUAGUCCAGGUGUAUGCCUAUGCCUUCAUGCCUGCAUUGCCAGCUGUUUUUCUCCAUCACAUCCACGUGACCUACCUCCAGAGCCAGGGUAUCAUCAUGCCCCAGGUGUACAUGGCGGUGUUGGCCAACGUGGCUAACAUCAUCACCAACUAUGUGCUGUUGAACCAGCUGGCUCUGGGGUUGAGUGGGUCUGCAGCUGCCAAUUGCCUCGCUCAGCUUUACCAGUGUGCCUUCAUGUUUGCUUACACUUGGUGGAAUAAAUUACAUGUGAGCACAUGGAAAGGCUGGUCCACAGAUUCGCUGCAGGAGUGGGGCUCCUUCAUGCGACUGGCCAUCCCCAGCACCCUGAUGACGUGCUUCGAGUGGUGGAUCUACGAGUCGGGGGGCUUCCUCGCCGGGUUACUAGGGGAAAACGAGCUGGCAGCCCAGCAUGUUAUCAUGAUGGUGGCCUUCAUCAACUACAUGAUCCCUCUGGGGGUCCAGGCUGCCGCUUGCGUCCGCGUGGGGAACGCUCUUGGGGCCGGAGACACGGCCGGGGCCAUCCUCUCUACCAGGGUGGCUCUCUCACUCGCUGGGGUUCUGGCAGUGGCUGAGUGUCUGGUCCUGGCCUCGACCAGGUCCGUCAUCGGCCUCAUCUUCACCUCAGACCAGAAGGUGUUAGCGCUGGUGUCCCGCCUGAUGAGCGUGUACUGCGUGGUGCCUCUGUUCGACAGUCUGGUGUGUGUGAGCACCGGUAUCCUGCUGGGUACUGGCCGGCAGAAGAUAGCCGCGGUGGCCAACCUCGUUGGUUACUACGGUAUCGGCCUUCCUCUGGCCGCCACCCUGAUGUUUGUGGCUGAGCUGGGAGGCUUAGGUUUCUGGGUCGGUCUCCUCACGGCGGUCUGCCUACAGUCCAUCUUCUAUGUGGUUGUCAUCUUGAAUUUUAAUUGGGAGAAAAUGACAGUAGAGGCGGUGAAGCGAGGUAAGAAGAACAUGCAGGUGGAUCCUCUGAACCCAGAAACCUCCAACCAGAGUGCCAGCAGCAACGGCAGCCCGGUGAACGGUCUCCUCUCGGAGGACCAGAAACGGCCGGACGGGGGCCCUCCAGUCCAGCGGUCGGGGGCCGCCCAGGGGCCCAGGAAGCAGCUCUCCCCCACCCAGCUGGUCCUUAGGCGGGGCUUCACCACGGUACUCAUGGUUCUGCUCCUGGUGGUGGGGCUGAUGGUCCACUAUCAUGUGCCCCUCCCUGAGUCCCCGGCCCCCCCCUCAGAGAGCAACAGGACCCUGGGGGGGGCUAACGUCAUGGACACCACGCCGGCCCCGGGCGUGCCCACCACGUGGGUCUCCCGCGGAUAGCGGACCCCCCCGACCCAACAGACCCUGGCUCUAUCUUUAUCUCCACUCGUAUUCCAAAUUAACCCGAUCGGGAUCCCCCAGUCAUCAGCGUCAUGUUUUAAAGCUGAUCUGCAUUUGUUUGCAUGUCAUUAAUGUGUAUAAAACGUAAGAAAACAACACCACACAUGAAAAAACUAUAAUAAAUGGCGUCCGAGUGACGUCUCUCCCUUGA